CGACGCGACUCUCGCAAGACGUAGACCGCCAACAGUGACACCGACUUGUUUCGAAGAGCUUCGGAAAGGUCCCGUUGAAUUGAUUCUAUUCUCAUUUUCAAGUUCUCUCGCCUUGGCUCUUGAGGCCGGGCAAUCCCUUUUCUACACAUCUAAAAUUUCACCAACUGCACCGUCACAAUGCAGGCUCCGGUAGUGGUUAUGAACACCCAGACGGGGGAAAGACAAACUGGCCGAAAGGCUCAGUUGUCGAACAUCACCGCUGCUAAGACCGUGGCAGAUGUAAUCCGAUCCUGUCUAGGCCCUAAGGCUAUGCUUAAGAUGCUUCUCGAUCCCAUGGGAGGCAUCGUUCUGACCAACGACGGUCACGCCAUCCUGCGAGAGAUAGAGGUUGCGCACCCUGCUGCCAAGAGUAUGAUCGAGUUGAGCAGAACGCAGGAUGAAGAAGUCGGCGAUGGCACCACUACGGUUAUCAUCUUGGCUGGAGAGAUCCUUGCACAAGCCCUUCCGCAGCUUGAACGAAACAUUCACCCUGUGGUUAUCAUCUCCGCCUUUAAGCGGGCCCUCUCAGACGCUCUCGCAAUCAUCGAAGAAGUUUCUCUGCCGGUCGACAUUAACGACGACAAGGCCAUGUAUUCGAUCAUCUCAUCUUCCAUCGGAACAAAAUUCGUCUCGAGGUGGUCGGAAUUGAUGUGCAGUUUGGCUCUGAAGGCAGUGCGGACAGUUUCCUUGGAGGCCGGUGGUGGCAAAAGAGAAGUCGAUCUCAAGCGUUACGCUCGUGUUGAGAAGAUUCCUGGCGGGGAGAUAGAGGAGAGCAGAGUCUUGGAUGGUGUCAUGCUCAACAAAGAUAUCACGCAUCCCAAGAUGAGGAGACGCAUAGAGAAUCCCAGGAUCGUCCUCUUGGAUUGCCCACUGGAGUACAAGAAGGGAGAGUCGCAAACAAACAUUGAAAUUACCAAGGAGGAUGACUGGAACCGGAUACUGCAGAUCGAGGAAGAGCAGGUCAAGCGCAUGACCGAUGCUAUUCUAGCAUUGAAACCUGAUUUGGUCAUCACGGAAAAAGGAGUCUCUGAUCUCGCUCAGCAUUUCUUGAUGAAGGCCAAUAUCACCGCGCUCCGUCGGGUUCGCAAGACUGACAACAACCGUAUUGCCCGUGCCACUGGCGCAACCAUUGUGAAUCGUGUCGAUGACAUCCAGGAGUCUGACGUCGGUACAAACUGCGGCCUCUUUGAGAUAGAAAAGAUUGGCGAUGAAUACUUUACUUUUAUCACAAAGUGUCGGGAGCCGAAAGCCUGCACCAUUUUGCUCAGAGGACCGUCGAAGGACAUUUUGAAUGAAAUUGAACGGAACUUGCAAGACGCCAUGUUCGUCGCUCGCAACGUGAUAUUCCACCCCCGCCUAUCGCCCGGUGGUGGUGCGACUGAAAUGGCUGUUUCAGUGCGAUUGGCACAGAUGGCGAAGGGGAUUGAAGGUGUGCAGCAGUGGCCGUACAAGGCUGUUGCGGAUGCAAUGGAGGUCAUUCCUCGUACUCUGAUUCAGAAUGCUGGAGGCAGUCCUGUCAGAGUUCUCACCCAACUCCGAGCGAAGCACGCAGAAGGUGCUCACACCUGGGGUUUGGACGGCGACAAGGGUGCGUUGGUGGAUAUGAAGGAGUAUGGCGUAUGGGAACCCGAGGCUGUGAAAUCACAGAGCAUCAAGACCGCUAUUGAGUCUGCUUGCUUACUCCUCCGAGUCGACGACAUUUGUGCGGCCAAAUCGGCUAAACAGGCUGGAGGUAACAUGGGAGGAGGCGCCGAGGAGUAGACCAACUCAUUAUGUACAAAAGCAGCAUUCUCAUUUGUAUCACUUGCGCAUGUUCCCUCUAGAUGAUCCAAACACUCUAGCAUUGCAUUUUUCGGGGAAAAUUGAAGGGAAAUUAAAGUCAAAUUCUUGUAAAUGAUGCCAUUCUUUGCUCAUUGAAAUUGUGUCUGGGGCAACGUUCAGUAGCUGGGUAUAUGCGAUUAUGAGACGUUAUUGAGCUUGGACAUUCGGAAAGAAAGAGUUUGAAUUGUAGGAUUCACGGUAGAUCACCAACGGAUUUGGAUUUUGAUAUGCUGAGAUGUAUGCAAAGGGAGAAGCACCUUCGGGUAUCCCGAAAAUAUAGAUCCAUUCGGAA